GAUGAGCAGUUGUCCCAUUUGAGAUCUUCUGAGGAAGCCUCAACAUCUUCAAGCUCUUCUAUCUACAAAAAACUUGAUGACCUUCAUGAUCUACAUGAAUCUCUUCACAAGCUUAUUUCUCUACCCUUCACACAACGUACAGGCUCUAGCUCAAGAACAUAACAAGAAAGCCGUUGAACAGCUUCUUGAUGGAUCUAUGAAGAUCUUGGAUUUGUGCAACAUUUCCAAGGAUGCUUUGUCGCAGAUGAAAGAGGGUCUCAUGGAAAUCCAAUCCAUUUUAAGAAGAAAGCGUGGAGAUCUAUCUGGAGAGAUACAGAAAUACUUAGGCUCAAGAAUAUCCCUCAAGAAGUCAUUCCAAAAGGUCCUUAAGAGUUUGAAAGCCAAACAAGACCAAGAGUGCAACGACGAAUCUCCUGCUAUGUUUGUAGAAGCAGAAGCUGUUACAAUGGCUCUUUUUGAUUCUCUGUUUUUCUUCAUGUCUGGAUCAAAGACUUGUGACAAAUGGUCAGUCGUCUCAAAGCUAAUGAACAAGAAAAAGGUUUCAAGUGAGACGCAAGCAAACGAAUUCACAAAGGUUGAGUCCGAAUUCCAAUCCGAGAAGACAUUGAAGAUGGAGGAUGUUCAGAACCUAGAGUCAUGCAUUCAAGAUCUUGAAGAUGGACUUGAAUCACUCUCUAAGUCAAUGAUCAAAUACAAAGUCUCAAUUCUUAACAUCUUAGGCCACUAAUGCCCUAAUGUACAUAUAUGACAGAAAAAGUUAAUACAUCAAGAUUUCUCAUAUAAUUUUGUGUUUCUUAAUCUGAUUCUAUUAUCAUGGAAGCAAAAGUUCAGUCCUGAAUCAAGAAAAAACAAGAACUCACCUAAUCAAGAAUUCUACCAUUG